AUGGAGGAUACCGAGAGGUGGGACCAAAAAGAGACUGAGGAUGCAGACGAGGUAACAAGAUUGGAAAAGGGUUCAAUACCACUACCAUCGGGGUGGCUAAAAUGCAAUGUUGGUGGAGCUUGGAAUGGGGAAACUACAGAGAAAGGCUUGGAUGGAGACAAUACAAGGCUUGGGAUAUCAACAUGUGAUCUUCGAAUCUGA